AUGCCGCGGCCUAUCACUCUGGCGCAGCAUCAGCGUCACUCUGUGCUUGUCAUGUCUCAGGCGCUCAGCGCUCGUGCCCAGCGUUCUCCAUUCACCCUCGUCCUCGACGACUUGAACCAACAGGCCGACCAGAUUCUCACUACCAUGAUUGCUCGUGGUUUGUCGCGUGGCAUCAACGUCGUCUACGUUGCCUUCGAGCAUCCUUCCUCCCAUCCAGCUGUUCGCUUCAUCCCGGCUUUCGGCACUCACUCACACCACACCGGCGACCAGAUUCUUGCCGAAAUUGAGCGAGCUAUCGGCAUAUUUAAGGAGAGCCUUGUCAUCGUAGACUCUUUCCACGACCUUUUCGAUAUCAAAGGCGUCCAGCCAGUCGAUUUCGGUAACCUCAUCAACAAGUAUGACUCUUACACCGUCGGUGUCUACCACCAAGACAUCGCAACGCCUGUCCACGCCACCUCGUAUGCCCCGAGCCCACUUGAAGUCACCAAGUUCAUGGCCACUGCUAUCUUCACGUGCAAGUCGCUCGCCCAGGUCCUCGCCGCCAAAGCCGCCAAGGAGCGCAGCUUGCCAGAGCCUACCUUUGGUCUUCUCCAAGGCGCCGAGGGCAUCGUUCAGAGCAUCACCGCCAACGACCUUCGUGGAGUAGUUAUCGAUGCCGAGUUUCGCCGUGUCUCUGGUCGACCAGAAUUUGAGACCUUCUGGCUUCGUCGCACCUUCACGUCCGAUUUCGAGCCCCCGCUUGCUGGGCUCCCGUUUGGACCCCUGAAACAGGAGUUUGUCAUGUGCCUUGAGCAACUGCCUCUAUAUUGCAGUGAUGAGACGAUGGCCAACGUCAAUGCCAAGGCAGAUGAGAUCGAUGUCCCGUUCAAGCUCGAGCUCACACUCCGGCAGAAGAAGGUUCGCGAUGGCGUCCUCCUCCCCCAUUUCGAUGCCCAGGGCGGGGAAGGCGGCGAGGGAGGCCGGAUUCUGUACGAAAUGGGGGAGGAGGACGACUUCGACGAGGAAGAAGACGAGAUCUGA